CUAAGCCCCUGACCAUUACGCAACCCAGCAACCCUAACUCCACACAACGGCGCAGCACACACUCCCUCCCAUCACCCUCGAGCUCGUCCUUCCUCUCACCACCAGCGAGCUCACUCCCUCACUUCCGUCCAGCCGCCGGACUGCUCCCACCGCCAUCGCAAGUUGGAGCUUCGAAGCCACCGUUGCCAUCGUGCAGCUACCGUUUCAGCUUUGGAAGCACCGUCGCCGGGCUCGCCUCCUGCCUCCGUCGCGCAGAUCUGUUCCACCGGCCCUUUAUUUCUCUAGUAACAUCAAAAGUAAUCCGUGUCUCAGCAAUGGCGGCACCAUUUUUCUCAACACCUUUUCAGCCCUAUGUUUAUCAGAGUCCGCAAGAUGCAAUCACACCUUUUCAGAUUUUAGGGGGUGAAGCUCAGGUGGUCCAGAUAAUGUUGAAGCCCCAAGAAAAAAUUAUUGCAAAGCCUGGUUCCAUGUGCUUUAUGUCAGGAUCCAUUGAAAUGGAAAAUUCCUAUCUUCCAGAAAAUGAAGUAGGCAUAUGGCAGUGGCUAUUUGGCAAAAACAUAAGUAGCAUCGUUCUUCGUAAUUCUGGACAAAGUGAUGGAUUCGUUGGAAUUGCUGCACCUUAUUUUGCAAGAAUUCUUCCGAUUGAUUUAGCAAGCUUUAACGGGGAGAUUUUGUGUCAGCCAGAUGCAUUUCUUUGCUCUGUCAAUGAUGUGAAAGUCAACAACACAAUUGAUCAGAGGGGACGUAAUCUUAUUGCUGGUGCUGAGGUAGCUGGGAUGUUUCCUAUUUUUUAUUUUCUUGUUAACAAAUAUCAGAUACUUGGUGUCAGUUACCUAGCAAGCAAUUUAUUUUGUUUCUCCAAAUAUUAUCCUUUUUAUUAUUUUUUUUUUGGGGGUUGUGAGGGAAAAUCCCAAUGCUCUCUCUGUCUCAAAUGCUCCUUGAGUGAUAAUGACGACGACGAUGGAUUGAACAUUGUCUUAAAUGAUGAUGAAGGUGUAUGCAACGGUCUUCCACCUAUUGCGCGUUGUGAUGACGUGGAUGAUGAUUGCGGUGGUGAAGGUGGCGGCGAUGGUGAUGGUGGUUUGCGAUUGGAGGAUAGUCAAGUUGAUGUGUCUGGGGGUCGAAAGGCUGUUGUUAUCCAUGUUCCCUUCAGAUUAAGGAAAGAUUUCCGGAAGAUUCAUGUUAGACUUGUUAGAGAGCUUGAGAAGAAGUUCAGUGGCAAGCAUGGAACAGUUCUAGAUUUCUGGUCAUCUAAUGUUAAGAAGCUGUAUUUAUGCUGA